CCCCUUUAAGGAAUACCCUGCCUUCCAGAAGUACUCCAGUCUUAAUUUUAGCUUGGAGGUCAGCCAUCAUGGCUUUGCCGAGAGGCUGGCUGAAGUUAUGUGGGACAGCUGUCUGCUGGCAUGCUGGGUGGGGCCUGUUAGCCAUAGGGCACAAAUCUGGGGGCCCUGAGCUGGUCUCUCUGCCCCAGCUGGAUUCUUAGCCCGCCGGCCACAAGGCUUAGAGCUCUGGGGACAGCUCUGCGAUGAUGGCUGAGGAGCACACGGACCUGGAGGCCCAGAUUGUCAAGGACAUUCACUUUAAGGAGAUUGACCUGGUGAACAGAGACCCCAAGAACAUUAAUGAAGACAUCGUCAAGGUGGAUUUUGAAGAUGUGAUUGCAGAGCCCGUGGGCACCUACAGCUUUGAUGGCGUGUGGAAGGUGAGCUACACCACCUUCACUGUCUCCAAGUACUGGUGCUACCGGCUGCUGUCCACACUGCUGGGUGUCCCAUUGGCCCUGCUCUGGGGCUUCCUGUUUGCCUGUAUCUCCUUCUGCCACAUCUGGGCAGUGGUGCCAUGCAUUAAGAGCUACCUGAUCGAGAUCCAGUGCAUCAGCCACAUCUACUCACUCUGCAUCCGCACCUUCUGCAACCCGCUCUUUGCUGCCAUGGGCCAGCUCUGCAGCAACAUCAAGGUGAUGCUGCGGAAGGAAGUCUAAAGCCAGGCAGGGAAAGGGGGGUGGCAGGGCAAGGCUCAGGCUAGGCACCCCUGCACCUGCUCCACAGAGGGCAGGAGAGCUCUUUCCUUAGCGACUGCUCCAUUGCCCCCAUGACAUGGGAGCACACUAUGUAGGGAAGCUGGAAGGAAAAGCAGCCCGGCCUUGAAGGCAGCUCCAUGGCCCUCACUCUGCCCAGCCCUGUCACAGUGCCCAGGAGCAGCCCAGACUGGAAGAUGUAUGUUACGAGGCAGCUACUGCAAGUCUUUGCAUCCAUGUGUACUGUGACAGCAUGAACCACGUGGGUUCCCACCAUCCACACACACCCAAGAAAGCAACCAGUGAUUGUUGGUGUGAGGAGGGGUCCCAAUAAAGGUUCCAGCUGCAUGGGGAA